AUGGAGAAGAUGUUUGAGACAGAUGUGGACAAGCGCCUGGGCAUCGUGUACCGGGCGAUGGGCGUCAAUGUGGAGGACACCAUCUCGCAGACGCAGGCCGACAGCCUGCUCUGGACAUACGUGGCAGUCUUCAUCACUGGAUCCCCGGUGGAGCUACUUACUGAAGGAGAAGUCCGAAGGGCUCUGCAGCACAUCACCACCAGGUUCCCCCGUCAUGCGGAGACCAAAGCGCUGCUCAUCUACAUCACUGAGGAGGUGGCUGGACUUACCAAUGAAUACGAUGACUUCAAGCUGCUGCGGAGGAUCCUGGACAAGUUCGGGCAGCGCCUGGGGGCACUCGAGGAUCGCGAGUGCCAGGUGAUGAAGAACAAGCUGGUGUCCAUCGAAGACAAGGACGGCAGUGGACUGGUGCGCCUCGGAGACUUCUACGGCACCAGCAAGUUGGAUGUGCACUUCACGGAGGGCCCGGCCUAUCUGCGCGCCAACGGGAUCCUGGACGAGUCCAACCCGGACGACCCCAAGGUGAUCAUUCCCAACUACCUGGCCAGCCCCUCCAAUUGCGUGCAACCUUCCGGCUACUAUGGCAUUUGCUGCUUCGACGAGUGCGAGAACUUGAUGGACCAGGUGGAGAAGCAACUCGAGGCGCCCACUGGCACGCCGGAGCAAAUCGCAGCACUGGUGUCCAGCCUUCCUUCUGCCUCCCAACCUACCAACCGCACGCUUCCGCCGCACCUGCUGCAGCUGCUGGACGAGGUGGCCAGCCACCACGGCGGAUCCGUGCCCAUCCACGGGCGGCUCUUCGCGCAGUGGAUGCAUGAGGCUUACCCUCGGGAGUGCAACUACCCAUCCGCUUCCGCGCCUCGUGACAGAUUCUCUCAGCUUCAUGAGCUGGAGGACGUCAAGGAGGAGGAGCAGACCAAAUACUGGAACAUCGCAAAGCAGCAGCAGCAGCAGAGCAAUGGCACGACGACCACUUCCACACGCUGGGUCAUGAAGGAGGAGUUGGUGGAUCGCAAGGCCUUUGAGGCGCAAGUGAAGAAGUCCUCCAUGAGCGGCCUCCCCGUCUUCGGCUUGGGCGUCUUUAUGGCGCUGGCCCGCCUCUUUAUGAUGCCCAGCAGCAACAGGCCGGCCUCUGGAGCGGGCCGAUGGGCGGGCCGAUGGGAGCAAUAG